AUGUCUGUUCCAUUGGCUGAAAAGAACCACGAGAGAGACCAGGAGUUUGCUAAGGCUUUGCACGGUACUUCUUACCAGAAGACUGGUUUGGGUGCUCUUAUGUCCAAGUCUAAGGAUGCCUCGGAUGUGGCCAACAACGGUUACUUCAAGCACUGGGACGGUGGUGUCACCGAGGACGACGAGAAGAAGAGAUUGGGUGACUACUCCCAGUUGACUUCCCACUACUACAACUUGGUCACUGACUUCUACGAGUACGGUUGGGGUUCGUCGUUCCACUUCUCUCGUUACUACAAGGGUGAAGCUUUCAGACAGGCCACUGCCAGACACGAGCACUACUUGGCCCACAAGAUGAACCUUGAUGAGAACAUGAAGGUUUUGGAUGUCGGCUGUGGUGUCGGUGGUCCAGGUAGAGAAAUCUGCAGAUUCACUGACUGUACCAUUGUUGGUUUGAACAACAACGACUACCAGAUUGAGAGAGCCAACCACUACGCCAAGAAGUACAAGAUGGACCACAAGUUGUCUUACGUCAAGGGUGACUUCAUGCAGAUGGACUUUGAGCCAGAGUCUUUCGACGCUGUGUACGCCAUUGAGGCCACUGUCCACGCUCCAGUCUUGGAGGGUGUCUACUCUGAAAUCUACAAGGUCUUGAAGCCAGGCGGAGUUUUCGGUGUCUACGAGUGGGUCAUGACCGACAACUACGACGAGACCAACGAGGAGCACCGUAAGAUUGCCUACGGUAUCGAGGUUGGUGACGGUAUCCCAAAGAUGUACAAGAGAGAUGUUGCCGAGCAGGCCCUUAAGAACGUUGGUUUCGAGGUUGAGUACCAGAGAGACUGCUCUGACGUUGAUGACGAGAUCCCAUGGUACUACCCAUUGGCUGGUCAGUUCAAGUAUGCCCAGAGCUUGGGUGACUACUUUACCAUUUUCAGAACCUCUCGUUUCGGUAGAAGCGUCACCACCGAGCUCGUUGGCUUGAUGGAAAAGCUUGGUAUCGCUCCAAAGGGCUCCAGACAGGUCACUGGUGCCUUGGAGGAUGCUGCCAUUAACUUGGUUAAGGGUGGUGAGCAGAAGUUGUUUACUCCAAUGAUGUUGUACGUUGUGAGAAAGCCAUUGGACUCUAAGUAA